GGCCUCGGGCUGGGCAACCCGCGCACCAGGCAGGAGCUGCAGCCGCCGCCCGCGCCUUCGCGCUCUAACCGGUUGCUUGUCAGAGAUCUGGGCUUCGCCGCCAUGUCCGCCGCGGAUGAGGUUGACGGGCUGGGCGUGGCCCGGCCCCACUAUGGCUCUGUUCUGGAUAAUGAGAGACUUACAGCAGAGGAGAUGGAUGAAAGGAGACGGCAGAAUGUGGCUUAUGAGUACCUUUGUCAUCUGGAAGAAGCAAAGAGGUGGAUGGAAGCUUGCCUGGGGGAAGAUCUGCCUCCCACCACGGAACUAGAGGAAGGGCUUAGGAAUGGCGUCUACCUUGCCAAAUUAGGAAACUUCUUCUCUCCCAAAGUGGUGUCCCUGAAAAAAAUCUAUGAUCGAGAGCAGACCAGAUACAAGGCAACUGGCCUCCACUUUAGACACACUGAUAAUGUGAUUCAGUGGUUGAAUGCCAUGGACGACAUUGGAUUGCCUAAGAUUUUUUACCCAGAAACUACAGACAUCUAUGAUCGAAAAAACAUGCCAAGAUGUAUUUACUGUAUCCAUGCACUCAGUUUGUACCUGUUCAAACUAGGCCUUGCUCCUCAGAUUCAAGACCUAUAUGGGAAGGUUGACUUCACAGAAGAAGAGAUCAACAACAUGAAGACGGAGCUGGAGAAGUAUGGGAUCCAGAUGCCUGCCUUCAGCAAGAUUGGGGGGAUCCUGGCUAACGAGCUCUCAGUAGAUGAAGCUGCAUUACAUGCUGCUGUUAUUGCUAUCAAUGAAGCUAUUGACCGUAGAAUUCCGGUGGACACGUUUGCAGCUUUGAAAAAUCCUAAUGCCAUGCUUGUAAAUCUUGAAGAGCCCUUGGCGUCCACUUACCAGGAUAUACUUUACCAGGCCAAGCAAGACAAAAUGACAAAUGCUAAAAACAGGACAGAAAACUCUGAGAGAGAAAGGGAUGUUUAUGAGGAACUGCUCACUCAAGCUGAGAUUCAAGGCAAUAUAAACAAAGUCAAUACAAUUUCUGCAUUAGCAAACAUCAACCUAGCUUUGGAGCAGGGAGCCGCGCUGGCCUUGCUCAAGGCCCUGCAGUCACCGGCCCUGGGCCUGCGAGGCCUGCAGCCCCAGAACAGCGACUGGUACCUCAAGCAGCUCCUGAGCAACAGACAGCAGAAAAAACAGAGUGGUCAGGCUGAUCCCCUGCAGAAGGAGGAACUGCAGUCUGGUGUGGAUGCUGCAAACAAUGCUGCCCAGCAGUAUCAGAGAAGAUUGGUCGCGGUGGCAGCAAUUAAUGCUGCCAUCCAGAAGGGUGUGGCUGAGAAGACUGUUCUGGAGCUAAUGAACCCCGAAGCCCAGCUGCCCCAGGUGUACCCCUUUGCUGCCGAUCUCUAUCAGAAGGAGCUGGCUACACUGCAGCAGCAGAGCCCUGAACAUAACCUCACCCAUCCAGAGCUCUCUGUCGCAGUGGAGAUGCUAUCAUCAGUAGCCCUAAUUAACAGGGCAUUGGAAUCGGGAGACGUGAAUACCGUGUGGAGGCAGUUGAGCAGCUCAGUUACAGGCCUUACCAACAUUGAGGAGGAGAACUGUCAGAGGUAUCUUGAUGAGCUAAUGAAACUGAAAGCUCAGGCCCAUGCUGAGCAUAACAAAUUCAUCACAUGGAACGACAUCCAAGCUUGUGUGGACCACGUGAAUCUGGUGGUGCAAGAGGAACACGAGAGGAUUUUAGCCAUCGGUUUAAUUAAUGAAGCCCUGGAUGAAGGUGAUGCCCAAAAGACUCUGCAGGCCUUGCAAAUUCCUGCAGCUAAACUUGAGGGAGUCCUCACAGAAGUGGCCCAGCAUUACCAAGACACACUGAUCAGAGCAAAGAGAGAGAAAGCCCAGGAAACCCAGGAUGAGUCCGCUGUAUUAUGGUUGGAUGAAAUUCAAGGUGGAAUCUGGCAGUCCAACAAAGACACUCAGGAAGCACAGAGGUUUGCCUUAGGAAUCUUUGCCAUUAACGAAGCGGUAGAAAGUGGUGAUGUCGGGAAAACACUGACCGCCCUUCGCUGCCCUGAUGUCGGCUUGUAUGGAGUCAUCCCUGAAUGUGGUGAAACUUACCAGAGUGACCUUGCUGAAGCCAAGAAGAAAAAACUGACAGCAGGAGAUAAUAAUAGCAAUUGGGUGAAGCACUGGGUGAAAGGUGGAUAUUAUUAUUACCACAACCUGGAGACCCAGGAAGGAGGAUGGAACGAACCCCCAAACUUUGUGCAGAAUUCUACGCAGCUCUCUCGGGAGGAGAUCCAGAGUUCCAUCUCUGGGGUGACUGCUGCAUAUAACAGAGAACAGCUUUGGCUGGCCAAUGAAGGCCUGAUCACCAAGCUGCAGGCUUGCUGCCGUGGAUAUUUAGUUCGACAGGAAUUCCGUUCCAGGAUGAAUUUCCUGAAGAAACAAAUCCCUGCCAUCACUUGCAUUCAGUCUCAGUGGAGAGGAUACAAGCAGAAGAAGGCAUAUCAAGAUCGUUUGGCUUACCUGCACUCCCAUAAAGACGAAGUUGUAAAGAUUCAGUCCCUGGCAAGGAUGCAUCAAGCUAGAAAGCGCUAUAGAGAUCGCCUGCAGUAUUUCCGAGACCAUAUAAAGGACAUUAUCAAAAUCCAGGCUUUUAUUCGGGCAAACAAAGCUCGUGAUGACUACAAGACUCUCAUCAAUGCUGAGGAUCCUCCUAUGGUUGUGGUCCGAAAAUUCGUCCACUUACUGGACCAGAGUGACCAGGAUUUUCAGGAGGAGAUUGAUCUUAUGAAAAUGCGGGAAGAGGUUAUCACCCUCAUUCGUUCCAACCAACAGCUGGAGAAUGACCUCAAUCUCAUGGAUAUUAAAAUUGGACUACUAGUCAAAAAUAAGAUUACACUGCAGGAUGUAGUUUCCCACAGCAAGAAACUUACUAAAAAAAACAAGGAACAGUUAUCUGAUAUGAUGAUGAUAAAUAAACAGAAGGGAGGACUCAAGGCUUUGAGCAAGGAGAAAAGGGAGAAAUUGGAAGCAUAUCAGCACCUGUUUUACUUAUUGCAGACCAAUCCUACGUAUCUGGCCAAGCUGAUUUUUCAGAUGCCUCAGAACAAGUCCACCAAGUUCAUGGACUCUGUAAUCUUCACACUUUACAACUAUGCGUCCAAUCAGCGGGAGGAGUACCUGCUGCUGCGGCUCUUCAAGACGGCACUGCAGGAGGAGAUCAAGUCAAAGGUAGAUCAGAUUCAAGAGAUUGUGACAGGAAAUCCUACAGUUAUUAAGAUGGUUGUAAGUUUCAACCGUGGUGCCCGGGGCCAGAAUGCCUUGCGACAGAUCUUGGCCCCAGUUGUGAAGGAGAUCAUGGAUGACAAAUCUCUCAACAUUAAAACUGACCCUGUGGAUAUUUACAAAUCUUGGGUUAAUCAGAUGGAGUCUCAGACGGGAGAGGCAAGCAAACUGCCCUAUGACGUGACCCCUGAGCAGGCACUGGCUCAUGAAGAAGUGAAGACACGGCUAGACAGCUCCAUUAGGAACAUGCGGGCGGUGACAGACAAGUUUCUCUCGGCCAUCAUCAGCUCUGUGGACAAAAUCCCCUAUGGAAUGCGCUUCAUUGCCAAAGUACUAAAGGACUCGCUGCACGAAAAGUUCCCUGAUGCUGGUGAGGACGAGCUGCUGAAGAUUAUCGGUAACUUGCUUUACUACCGAUACAUGAAUCCAGCCAUUGUUGCUCCCGAUGCAUUUGACAUCAUUGACCUGUCAGCAGGAGGACAGCUCACCACAGACCAGCGCCGGAAUCUGGGCUCCAUUGCCAAGAUGCUGCAGCACGCUGCUUCUAAUAAGAUGUUUCUGGGGGAUAAUGCUCACUUAAGCAUCAUUAAUGAAUAUCUAUCCCAGUCCUACCAGAAAUUCAGACGUUUUUUUCAAACUGCUUGUGAUGUCCCAGAGCUUCAGGAUAAGUUUAAUGUGGAUGAGUACUCUGACUUAAUUACCCUCACCAAGCCAGUUAUCUACAUUUCCAUUGGUGAAAUCAUCAACACCCACACUCUCCUGUUAGAUCACCAGGACGCCAUCGCUCCAGAGCACAACGAUCCCAUCCAUGAGCUGCUGGACGACCUUGGCGAGGUGCCCACCAUUGAGUCCCUGAUAGGGGAAAGUUCUGGCAAUUUAAAUGACCCAAAUAAGGAGGCACUGGCUAAGACAGAAGUAUCUCUCACACUGACCAACAAGUUUGAUGUGCCUGGUGAUGAAAAUGCAGAAAUGGAUGCUCGGACCAUCUUACUAAACACAAAACGUUUAAUUGUGGAUGUCAUCCGGUUCCAGCCAGGAGAGACCCUAACUGAAAUCCUAGAAACACCAGCCACCAAAGAAGAGGAAGCAGACCACGAGAGGGCCAUGCAGAGACGUGCUAUCCGCGAUGCCAAGACUCCUGACAAGAUGAAAAAGUCAAAAUCUGUAAAGGAAGAUAGCAACCUCACUCUUGAAGAGAAGAAACAGAAGAUUCACACAGGUUUGAAGAAGCUAACGGAGCUUGGAACUGUGGACCCAAAGAACAAGUACCAAGAAUUGAUCAACGACAUUGCCAGGGACAUCCGGAAUCAGAGGAGAUACCGACAGAGGAGAAAGGCUGAACUGGUGAAACUGCAACAAACAUACUCUGCUCUCAAUUCCAAAGCCACCUUUUAUGGGGAACAGGUGGAUUAUUAUAAAAGCUAUAUCAAAACCUGCUUGGAUAACUUAGCCAGCAAGGGGAAGGUCUCCAAAAAGCCUGGGGAAAUGAAAGGAAAGAAAAGCAAAAAGAUUUCUCUGAAAUAUACAGCAGCAAGACUACAUGAAAAAGGAGUUCUGCUGGAGAUUGAGGACCUUCAAGUGAAUCAGUUUAAAAAUGUUAUCUUUGAAAUAAGUCCAACGGAAGAAGUUGGAGACUUUGAAGUGAAAGCCAAAUUCAUGGGAGUUCAGAUGGAGACCUUCAUGUUGCAUUAUCAGGACCUGCUGCAGCUGCAGUAUGAGGGAGUUGCAGUCAUGAAGUUGUUCGAUAGAGCCAAAGUAAAUGUCAACCUCCUGAUCUUCCUUCUCAACAAAAAGUUCUAUGGGAAGUAGCUGCUCACCUGCUGCCAGCUCACAAGGCUGCCAGAGGCAGCACCUCAUGGCUGCCUUCUGGGCUCCUCCUCUGCUCUCUGGAAGCAAAGACCAGCCCACAGCCUAUGACUGAUCUGACGCGCUCCCAAGGCACAUUUUUAACCUUACUCUGACAGAACAUUAGGUGCCUUUCUUCAUAGUGAGAUUUUGUUUUCAGGCUUAGUCUGACCCUUCUGGCAUGUUCAUUUUCUUCCAUCACUUAGGAAAAAGUGGAGCCGCCACUAAAAUAUUUCUGUUCUUACAGACUUAGAGGUCACGCUGCUGUACCGUAAGCUCUAGUGUUUGUUUUAUAUUGUUGUUUAUAUAAUGGGGAGUGUAGAACAAGUAGGAUACACAGCUGAAUUGUCAAUUCUGACAGUUGUCAUGUAAAAGUGAAGCUCCUCUGUGUCCCAUCAGUACAAGUGAAAUACGUGGGGAUCAUUGGGUCUCUUCCACUCUGUUUUCCUAUAUGGGGAGAAGCUAACAGAAGUCACUGUUCUGUGUUCAAAGGAAGCAUUUCUUAGAAAAAGGAGGUGUUGUUUUUAAAUUUCACCAUCAAAUUUGGGCAGUUCUGUUUGUGCGGCUCCCACCCCAGUAGUGAGAGAAUCCCACUGAUAAAAUUUAGCUGUUUAGGUAAAUUCAGAAUGGGUUGAGGAACCUACCUGCUCAUAUUGUUGCACAGAGAUUGACUCAAUCGUGGAGAUUGUCCACUCCAUUCUUACAGCAAAAGAAUCGGUUAGCCCCAGCAUAGAAAUAAUUGUUCUUAAACUAUUUUUUUAUCUUGAGUACCUUAUUAAAGCAUUUAAAGAUUGAUUUCUUAAAAUGUGGGUGAUAGGAGUUUUAAAGAUUUAUGUAAUGCUUCAGAAGCCUUUAGAAUUCUCUUAAGACUUUUUAAAAAAUUGGUUUGUCUGUAUAUCUGAACUCUUAAAACUUCCGUAUAGCUAAAACAAUAGGAUUUAUCUGCAGAGUUGUAGAGAUAUAAUCUUUCCUUAAAUAAUGUAAAACAAAACCAGCCAACCCAUGUUACACUUAGGUAAAAUAAAUUCCCCCCAUUUCUUUCUGCUCUUUUGCUGCCUACAUUGUGCUUUUAUUUUAUGAACCCCGUCUUCUGGGAAGAGUAAAAAAUAAUUCAGUUGUAAACAUUGAAUUUAGAAAGGUUUUUUCUUGGAGAGGUCUUGUCCUUUUAAAAAAAGAAAAUCUGUUUAUCCAGGAAAAUAUACUGAAAUCAUGCUAUUGAGCCUCUAUUUUCUUUGGUAUUUUGGUUCAGUGUUCUUUUAUCAUAAAAUUUAGCAUAAUAAACAUUUAAAAAUGUGCUGAUGUAUAUUUAAAGCCAAUAAAUUGUUGUAAUUAAUAACACAGUAUGUGGUGUGUCCCUCUUACAAAUGUAAGUAUUGGAGAAGUGUUUCUGUGAGACAGUUUCCUCGGUCAGGUCCAUGGGCACAGUGCAUAGGAAGCAUGCAGUGCCAUGGAAGGAGUUACCAGUACCCUGACCUUGUUUUUUGUUGUAUUUUUGGAAGACAGUUUUUUUAGUAAACAUUUUUCUCAGUUUAAAAGAAUAUGCUGUUACAUCUAGCCUCGCCUCAAAAACUGGGACCAACCAAGUGCAUCAGCCCUAUUUCCUUCAUAGGGUUUCCAUCCCAGAUGCUGUCCCACAAGGCCACAUCCAAGGUACACAGUGACAAGCAAAGUUUACAACUCCUCUAAUAAUAUGAUGCAAUUAUUUGGAAGGAUUAUAUUUCCUUUAACUAACAACGUCCACUAUAAAAUAGCACAAAAAGCACUCAAGGAAUGUUGACAACAACUGUGUAGAAUUAUGAACAUAAGAGUAUAGUGAAUAUCCUAUUCAAGCUGUGGCAUGGAAACCAUGAAGCUUACAGAUUUUAUUUACUAGCUGUAGUGUUCUCUGGCUCGUCUCGCCUCCUCUGACCUUCUUUUCAACCAGCCCUCAUGACAUUCACCAUGAAUUUACUUCUUCCCUCAAAUCUGGACUGCCCAUCGGACCUGCUGCUCACAGCUGCCUUUGUGUCUCUGUCUGAAAUAAAAGGUCACUUGUU